AAGUGCUUUAAAAUAAAAUUAAAAUAUUUAAAAAAGAUGCAUGUCUUUUGUGUAUGAAAACAUUUCUUCAAGCUUUUCAUGAAUAGAUGUAGAAAUCUCAACAUUUCUUUCCUUUUUCUAAAUCAAACACGAGAACUUGCAAAUUGCGGUAAAAGCUUCUCUUCUAAGCUCUUCCAAAAGUGUCAUAUGACGCGAGAAUAAGCCCUCAGGACAGAUCCUCUUGCUGUUACAGCAACAGGCUAUGCUACCACGUCGGCCACAUCAAUAGUCCAUCACGACAUCGAGAUGUGUUUGUUGAAUAUUCAAUGUCCAGUAUCCGAUCGCGACCGGAGAAUGACGACCGCAUAAGCACUGGAUUCUAUUAGCAAACAGUCAUGAGAACAAUGGUGUGUCGUCGAUGCGAUUCCGUCGAUAUACGAAGCACCGAGUCGAUGAUCGAGCCCGAUAAAUGCCGGCCACCUUCCUUCGGCACAUUUCACGGCGAACGUCCGUCCCGCGGGAUACUAUUCGCAUAUCUAAAUCCGUAGAACGUCCCGUCCCGUACAAUUCCCAGGAUUGUUACCAGUCCGCAGGACCAUUUGUGCCGCUACGCUCCUUCGUGCAUGACCAGCCCUUAAUUCGCCGUGGACGCCGAGUUCCGCAUCGCCGCGCGUGAGUCAAACGAUGUCAAAUUCGAUGUCAAAUUCGAAACAUCCAAACCUGACCGCCUCGGAUCGUCUCGACCGCCUGAAAAGAUUCAACGGAGCCGCGCGAUGGAUUUCCGCGGAUUUCCGUCUCCUGUCAAAUAUCGCGACUUUUGAGUGUCUAUUUUCUUCGCGAAAGUCACGUCCGUAUCUUUGACGAGUUUUAUUUUAACCAACUGCGCUGUUCAAUCAUAUAUCAAUCAUAUAUAUACGUAUCAAUGCUGUUCCUUAAACCUCUCUCUCUACUCUUCGUUAUUUCUCUUGGAAAUAACUUAAAACGCGGAAUUAUCUAAAACGUUUAAGAGCCAUUUUCGUAUUUGACAGCUUUGGACGAAAAUCCUAGAUCCGAGCAAAUGUACUACGAAAAUACAUCCGACAUCGAUGAGCAGUUCUGUAACGCGUUAAUGCUGCUACACUCAACCGAGGAGGACAGCACCGAGAAACUUCGUCGGAUGCUGGACACUUGCAUCGAAAAGAGGUACGGUCCCGGCAGGACUCUGGCCGCCAGGAUGCCGAAGAGGUUUCUGCAGGACUCGGUUGCUCCGACGGGCAUUCCAAAGAGGCGAAGGGCAAUGAAUGUGCGAGGACGAGGCGUGACGAAAAACGAGAUCUGGGACGACUCCCAGCAAAUCGUUCCUCUUUCGCAGGACAUCGCGGAUCCUUCGACGACGAUCGACGUGGGAGUGCUCGAGGUCGGUUACGUAAGCUACUGCGACGACGAAGACAUCCCUCGGAUCUCGAUUCCCGACGAAGGAUCUACCGACACGAUCGUGUGCAAGAUAUGUAACGGCGCGAAACUGGGACCCUUGAUUUUGCUGGAGUGUCAAGAGUGCCAAGAGACUUAUCAUCCGCUGUGCCAUCAACCUCCGGUCGUCGACGUCGACGUUUAUGAUCCCCGAUUCGUGUGGCGAUGCAGACGAUGCGUCAAAACGUCGACGGCAACUUCCGUCAAGUGCAUAAUCGUUGAAAAGGAGUCUACGAAAAACAUACAACGAAACGGUACAACAAGGGAGAGUGUUGAGUUGUUCGGGAAGAAUGGUACACCGAUAAAUAAUCCCAAUUUCUAGUUUAAGGCUAUGCGAUCUCAUUCAUUUAAUUAUAUAUUCUAUGAAAAUAAUGUGUUUUCGCGAACACUGAGAGAAACCAAAUUUUUAAAUUUCGCUUUUUCGUUCAAAAUUGAUUAUAAAUUAAAGAGUUAUUUGUAGAGAAAGUCGUAGAGAUAUUGCCACAAAAUAUUAUUUCGCAUUUAAUUUCAAAUAUUUUCUAAUGCGUUUAGAAAUUGCAAGGGAGAAUGGACAUUUCCACGACUUUAAAUCGUGGUAGGAUCUGUGGGAAAAACGUUUGUGUAAAACGUAAUAACGAAGAACCGUAUUAGUAUCCAAAUUCCGCGUUUCAAGAUUAUAUCCCUUUCCGCGUGAUAAAUGUGUUUAAAUAUCAUACUUAAAUUAUGUAUCGAAAUCAUGAUAAAACCAACGUAAAAAUCACCCCGUCGUUGAUAAGUAAACUUUUACAUAAACGUGGAACUUGCUCGGUUCAGUGACAUUAAGCGCCACGGAACAAACGUCACAAAGCCGCUCGCUCGUUCAGUUCGACCGAACUUUUCGAACGAAGUGAACGCACAGAAAGAGAAACGCAGAGAAAGAUUAAAAUAUAUGUUUACAGAUCCAUCGAUAGAAAAUAGAAGCAUGCAACUGCAAGAUUCUUUUUUAUUCACGAAAAAUUCGUCACAGAGAAACGGAAGUCUCCGGUCUGCCACGACGCAAUCACGAAAGCGAAUCGGAUCGAAACUGAUCGUUACCCGCGCCGCAAUCAAAUGAGAAGAACACAGGUUCGAUAUUUUGUCCGUCUUGCUCGUAGAAAAAAUAUUACGUAGACGUGUGCGCCAAGUCAAAUUGUAAUUAAGACUAUGAUGGAAUAAUUACAUAAGAAUUACGGGAUAUAAUUUUGAGGGUACGAUUCUCGAUACUACAAUUAAAUUAAGAACUAAAUAAAAACUCUACAUUGUUUAACUAGCGAUCGUGGCGUUUCUAUCAUCAUUUUACAUAGUAGAGAUUAAUGUGUUUUAGAAAUCAAAGUUAUUACGAUUGUACCCUAAAAUUGUAUCCUUUUUAAUGUCCGAUUUUGCAGACUGCGUGAUCAAAUGACAAAAGGCAGUUGAUUGUGUAUGUCAGUUUUUAUUCGACAAUCGUUCGUUAUGCGAUACAAGUAGAAAUCAUUCUUGAUCCCGGUCAGCAGGACCAGCGUUGUAACCAGUUACAAGUCAUCACGUACAUACAGAAACAUUUUAAUCACAGUUUAGGGUAGCUUCACCCGCCCUAGACCAAAAUUCUCGAGGAAUAUACACUAUAUUACAUACGCUCGUGUUUCUCGGGAAUAUCGGAGUGAGUAUUACAUGUCAGAUGAAGAUGAUGGCUCUCGAUCGAACGAUCGUGUAGGAAAAUACGGCUAUAGAUUCUUGCGUAGCCGACGAUGUAAAAGUUGAUGAUGACCUUACGUGUACGCACAGAAUACGCUCGAGCCUCCGUCCAAUCUCGAACACGGCCGAAAGAGGAAGCGAUUUAUUAAAUUCGGGUACUCCGCAAGAGGAUGAUAAGAUUUUCCUUCGUGUCACACGACAGCCGUUUAAUUCACGCUCGUUUAUUACCUUAUAUUAAGGUCAACCGGGUUCAAUUACCUCCUUCGGCAACGUCGAAAUUUUGACUUGGAUUUGAGGCUCGAUUGCUCUCACUAUGUUUUAUAUUAUGUCACCGUGAGACCGUGGUAGUGAUAAAAGAGAGACGUCAGACGCAAGUUUGUCUCUCAAUCUUUGUGUCAAAGUGUUUCGUUUUGCUUUCUUUUCUUCAGUUUGGACUCAAAAAUGUUUACAUGGUAUAACGUGUGCGUGCGAAGGAAUUAAUUAAUGCAGCGUGCGGUGCGAAUUGCUCGAUAAUAUCAUUUUCGAUAGUUUCAAGCGAAAUUAUAUUGAAUCAAGAAUACAUUGUAUUACUAAUUAGACAGAUGCAACGCAGUUCUCUAUUUCUUCAUGAGUUGCAAGUGUACAAUUUAUAUUAUUGCAUUUGUCAUUAAAUACAAGAAAGCGAGAACAGACACUUUAGAAAAUAAAUUUUCUCUGUAUCUUAAUAUGCGAUAAAAUGUUUUGUAGAACACAGAUAUGAGUAAAAUAUUGUACAGUUAUAAAGAAUUUUAUUAUAUAGAAUAAGCUUAGAUAAAAUACGAACGAUAAUGCCUGAGAAAAAUCUUUUGUAAAAUCAUAAUAUAUAAUUUAUAAAAUGGUAUACGAAUAAAGCCAUUUAUAUUAAUUACCACAGAAUUGUUAAUUGCACAAAUGAUUUAUAUUCGUCAGAAACGAGACUCGUCAUGAGAUCGCUUUAUUCAUAAUUUCGAUAUACGUCGUAAAUUAGAAACAAAUAUGUCGGUAGCAAAAUUAUUUCAAAAAAUACGAGCCGCAGAAAAAUAGCUGCGACAGUGAGCAUUCGUGUAAAGAGAUUCAAUUUGAAACUUACAUUUAAAUUGCUGUAUAUUGACAAAGGGAAAAUUGUCACACGGUAUGCUUAAUAUGCAUCGUCGAUAUCCAACUCUGUCAUUUGUACAAGAUGAUCAUAUCAUGUCAGCAUUAUUUACAGCGAAAGGAGAAAGAGUUUCGAGAGUAUGAUAAAAAUUCUUGACAAGAUAUGUUUAGUCAUUGUCACAAUGCAAAAUUCCCAUGACGAAAUUUUUGAAUACGCUUUCUCAGAAUUUUUACCCUUAAGAGUUUCUGUCACAAUUGUGUACUUAUUUUACGAUAUUAAAAAAAUAUUUUCAGAAUAAAUAACGUAGAGUAUAAUCUCUCUUUAGCACUAAAAGCUAACUUCAGCGUUUAAUCUCGCGUUAGCUUUCUCGCUGAGUUUUGCCAGAUCAUUCGAAGAAUACGCUAACGCUUACUUAACAA